CAAAUAUUUCUAAAAUUAUUUGUAAUUCAAUACGGAGUAUAUUUUAAAGCGACUUAAAAUAAAAAAAAAGUGCAUUGAAAGUGCAAAAUUAUUUUUGCGACGAAAUCAUUAGCGUUCUUCUUCAUCCCAAAAUCAAAGCUGUAAAUCGGACAUGAGUACCUGGGUAAGACUGUAACCUCCCCCGCUCCCCGACGAAGGAUCUUCUUCUGGAAUGACGGCGGUGAGACCGAAAGCCGUGUCGGCGUUGCCGUCGUUGAUGCGAGCUUUGCGGAAGGAAUACCCAAAGCACAACAAUUCGCACCCGGCCCAGCCCUUGCCGUCGCUCCGGCGAGCUUUCUCUCUCUACGACCAAAUCAACCUCAUCGACAACGUCCCCGAAGAUCAGCUUCGUUUCCAGCAGUUCACAGACACUGGAUUCAAAGUUAAUGGGGUGCACUAUGAUGGUAGUCUGCUUUGUGUUGGGAACUUGCUAAUGUCUUGGGCUCCAAAGAAAUUUUCUGAAGUUACACCAGAGAGCUUAUCCAUCUUCCAAACUGUUAGUCCAGUGCCAGAGAUCCUCGUUAUUGGUUGCGGUAGGCACAUUCAACAAGUCAACCCCGAGGUUCGACAAUUUAUCCGAUCCACUGGAAUGAAAUUAGAGGCUGUUGACUCGAGAAAUGCAGCAUCUACAUACAACAUUCUAAACGAAGAAGGAAGGAUUGUUGCUGCUGCACUGCUCCCCUACGGAGUCGAAUCCUAAGGUCCUGUUUGUAAAAUGCCUUUUCCCAAAUCUUUUUCCCCAGGUUGAGAUUUUGCUUCUCUAAUGAAUGGAGAACUAUUCUCUAGUGUGAGACCAGAUAGGUGAUAUAUAUUUUGAACAAACACUCCCUAAUUGCCAGUCCCUUUAGCUAGGGG